AUUGACGUAAUGGCAUCCUCAACCUAACAACUCCUGCUAUAAACACCCUUCCUUGUACCUUUCCGUUUCUUCAUUUCUAUUUCUAGACAGAAGAAGAAUGGAAUCCGAUGCCGACUCAGGCCCAGACUCCAUUCCUAAGCUCCCACUCUUCUCCAUCCCACCACACCUCCAUGAACCAUCCGGCAUGUUAACGCCGCCGCUUCAGACCUCCGCUUCUGUUCCUUUCCGGUGGGAAGAACAGCCCGGUAAGCCACGCCCCUGUACGGACAUCAUAGUAGCGCCUACUAACAGAUGCUUGGAUCUUCCUCCAAGACUUGCCAACAAAACACCCUCCCCUACAACCGUACUCGAUGGGCCCGGAGAUUUCAGUGGCAAAUCCUUGCUUUCAUCUUCUUUCAGAUUCGCGAGGGAACGACGUCGUAAGGGGCAGAGACAAGGGUCUUUCGACAGUAGCUGUAGCGGUGGGUGGAGUCCCAACGACGAUUCCUGUGGUGGACAGCAGCUGCUUCUAGGUAACAAGCAAGAACAGCAAAAUGGUGGUGGUGGUGGUGGUAGAGGCCUUUUUGGAUCUUUCAGGCUAAAGUGUAGCCAUAAAUCUAAGGGUAGCAGUAGUCUGAUUUCACCAUCUUCAUCGUCUUCCAUGGAGACAGUCGACAAGAAGGGGAAAAAGAUGAGGAGAAAUUCAAGUCUGUCAAAAGUCACCAGGUCCCACUUUUGGGCUGCCAUUUAUGAAGGAUUCAAGCAUGUUGUUCCAUGGAAGAAGAAAACCUUCACUCAUUGACUUGGGAUACCUACUAUCUUUUCCACACCCAUCAUGGGUUCUUCUAGCCUUCCCUCUGUUUGUAUUAGUAGAUAGAUAUACAUAAUUUUAUAUAUAUAAUAUCUGUAUUUGCAGAGCAUGUACGUAUAAUCAUCAUCAUCAUCAUCAUCAUCAACCUCAUCCUCAUAUGUAUUCUUCUUGUGUUACGAGAAAUGGUAACCAGAUUGGCAUUGAGGC